ACACAGUUACGCUUUUCCCCUCAAAAACACUUUCAGAUCUAAAGCUCUCUUCUCUUCUUGAAUGCUUCUUGCUUUUCUUGGAUUCUCUCUCUCUCCCUCUCUCUCUCUCUCACUCUCUGCUCAAACUGAGCUUCAACAAUGGCGACCGAGAACCACAACCCAUACAAAAAGUCCAAAGAAGUCUCAACAAUGAUCAAGCAAGGCUUCAUCUCCGACACUUUUCUCUCUCCUCCUUCCCGUCCCCUUCUCUCUCCUCCCUCUAGGGUUUCUCUCUCUCCGUCCCAAAUUCUCUCUCCUCCGCCCUCCUUCUCCGACUCCUCCGCCCCGACCCGCCCGACCCUCUACGAGAUGAUGUCAGAGGAGCAGACCCGGGAAUCGAAGCAAUCCAUCGAGGCUCGGCACAAUCUCCGCGAAAGGGUUUCUAUGAUCCUGGAAACGGCGCCAUUUCGGAACCCGGUCAAUUGGGGCGGCUUUGGGGACGUGAAGCUCACGAUCGCAGGUCGUGAUGGGUUUAGGGUUUCGAUGGAUGUGCAUCGAAGGGUGCUGGCUGAUCGGAGUCGGUUUUUCGCCGAGAAGUUGUCGCGGCGGGACGGUGCGGCGGCGGUGUCGCAUACGGUGGAGAUUUGUGAUUGUGAUGAUGUGGAUGCGUAUGUGGAGGCUGUGGUGUUGAUGUACUGUGAUGAUUUGAAGAGGAGGUUGAUGGGUGAGGAUGUUUCUAAGGUUUUGGCUUUGUUGAAGGUAUCUUCUGCUGUCAUGUUUGAUGCUGGGAUAAUGUCAUGCUUAGAGUAUUUGGAGGCGGUUCCUUGGUCUGAAGAAGAAGAGGAGAAAGUGAUAUCUCACCUCACUCAACUUCAGCUCCACGACUCUGCUCCAGAAGUUCUGCAGAGAGUAUCAUCUGAACCGUCAACAUCCUCAAGAGCUGAUGAUAUCUUCUUGAAACUGUUGACUGGUGUUUUACAGGCCAAGGAUGAUAAAGCCCGACGGGAAAUGAAAACUCUAAUUUCUCGACUGCUUAGGGAAGACACAUCCAACCACAGCAAUUACAGUAACAGGCUUGAUGUCUCUAAAGAUACACUUUAUCAUCUCUGCCAUGGAUGUUUGAGUUCUCUUGUACUUUGCUUAUCUGAAGCUACAUGCAUUGAUGAAAGCAGGCGGGACCGAGGGGUUCUAAUGGGUGAGAUAGCUCGAGAAGCCGAUAACAUGCAGUGGAUAGUCGAUAUCCUAAUUCAAAAAAAAAUGGGGGAUGAAUGUGUGAAAUUAUGGGCGGAUCAGACGGAGCUUGCUAUUCUCCAUUCAAAAAUUCCCACUAUGUACCGGCAUGAAAUCAGCAGGAUUACAGCGCAACUAUGUAUUGCAAUUGGGAGAGGACACAUUUUGGUGCCGAAAGAUAUUCGGUAUUCUUUGCUGUCUACAUGGUUAGAAGCUCUUUAUGAGGAUUUUGCGUGGAUGAGGAGGGCAUGUAGAUCCAUGGAUAAGAAAUUGGUCGAGGAUGGAUUGAGCCAGACAAUUCUUACUCUGCCGUUGCCACAACAACAGGCGAUCUUGCUUAAUUGGUUUGAUCGGUUUCUAAAUAAAGGAGAUGACUGUCCCAAUAUUCAGAGAGCAUUUGAAGUUUGGUGGAGAAGAGCUUUCAUCAGACAGUAUGUGUCCGAGUCCCAAUUGCAGAUAGCAGUCUCUGAUUAUCCAAAUUGAAACUUUCGAACAGUCGAAAUCAACAACUAUUAUACACAUGAAGUGCCAUUCUUUCCGUCAAGCCAUCUGUAAUUUUCUUUUGCUAAAAAACCCAUUUGGGAUUUUUGAGUGUUUGAAUAAUCAUUUUUUUGAAUGCCGAAGUUUUGUAACAUAAAACAACAAGUGUCAUAAAAGAAUUGAAGUUGCCAAGGUUUUGCUGCAGUUGCUUGUGCA